UUUCUCUCUCUUCCCAUUUUAUUUUCCCUCCACCCCUUUCCCGCCUCUCCUCUCCCCUAUCUCUCUCCAUAAAAUCCCCAUUCUCCCUUCUCCAUUUCAUCUCAUCUUCAAUCCUCAAUCCUCAAUCCUCGUCUUCACCUUCUUCUUCCGUCUCUCGGACAUCAUGAAUCGAAGAUCCAGAAGAUCGGGGAACUCUCAAUCCGAGACGUUUCACAAGUAUCUAAAGCCUGGUGCGCUAGCACAAAUUCGGAAUUCUCGGAUGAUCGCUCGAUUCAAUCGGGUUAAUUUGGUAUCUCAGAUCUACUCCACUACUUCUUCCAGUCUACCGAUCGACUCCGGUUUACUUCAGGUCAACAUUGUUGAUGCUUCUCCUUCCUUUGCUGGGAGGGUGUAUGGCCCUCUCUCUUUGCAGAGGAAGAAACUUUUGGCUUCCAAGUCUUUGUGGUUUCUCGCUUCUAGCCCUACUAAUCUCACACCUGAUUCUCCGCCUGAUCCGGUUAUUGAAGUGUUAGGGGGGUGAAUUGUAUAAGUCUUUUUCUAUGGAAUACUUUCAACCUGUGAAUCGAGUCUUUCUUUGUGAAAUUAAAUAUCAAACUGUAAUACAUGAUACCUUUUGUAGGUAGUGUUGACGAUGGGUUGUGAAUUUUAUUCUUCUUGAUUUUGAUCGGAUUUAAAUAAUAAGAUCUAUCAUAUUAUCGAUC